AAGAGAGACGGGGAGAAAAAUCAUGGAGUGAUAUGGCCCUUUGGGAGGAUACUGGCAAAUAAGCAAAUUAAACAGAAAGAGAGCAGCAUGUUGUCAUAGCAACAGUGCAAUUAAAUUACUUUACUGUCAGCCAUCAUAUAAUUUUCCUGUUUAGAAGCUCAUGGGACGUAACUUCCAUUUGGAGUCAAAGUUGAGCGUGCGGCGUAGGUAGGGCAAUGCCGGAGCCCCAGGACGCCGGCGAUUCCCUUGUUUACCUUCUGGCUGCGCUGGUUGCAGUUUUGAAAGCUAGGAAGUGGGACCGACGAGUUGCUGUCUAAAUGGGUCCAGUCAUGCCUCCCAGUAAGAAGCCAGAGGGCUCAGGAAUUAGUGUGCCCAGUGGAUUGAGCCAACGUUAUCAAGAUAGCGAUUUAUCAAAGGCACUUCACGAUGACGAGGACCUAGAUUUCUCUUUGCCUGCCAUCAGAUUAGAUAAAGGGGCCAUGGAAGAUGAAGAACUAACUAAUUUGAACUGGUUGCAUGAGAGUAAGAACUUGCUGAAAAGCUUUGGGGACUCGGUGUUAAGGAGCGUUAGCCCUGUUCAGGACAUUGGUGAUGACACGCCACCGUCUCCUGCCCACUCUGACAUGCCCUACGAUGCCAAGCAGAACCCCAACUGCAAACCUCCUUAUUCCUUUAGCUGCCUCAUAUUUAUGGCCAUUGAGGACUCACCAACCAAAAGACUGCCCGUAAAGGAUAUAUACAACUGGAUCUUGGAACACUUUCCAUAUUUUGCAAAUGCACCCACUGGAUGGAAAAAUUCUGUGAGACAUAAUCUAUCCUUGAAUAAGUGUUUUAAGAAAGUGGACAAAGACAGAAGUCAGAGUAUUGGAAAGGGGUCCUUGUGGUGUAUAGACCCAGAAUAUAGACAAAAUCUUAUUCAGGCUUUGAAAAAGACACCCUAUCACCCAUAUUCGCAUGUGUUCAAUACACCUCCCACAUCUCCUCAGGCAUAUCAAAGCACAUCAGGUCCACCCAUUUGGCCAGGAAGCACCUUCUUCAAGAGAAAUGGAGCCCUUCUACAAGAUCCUGACAUUGAUGCUGCCACUGCCAUGAUGCUUUUGAAUACUCCCCCUGAGAUACAAGCAGGUUUUCCUUCGGGAGUGAUACAAAAUGGAGCUCGAGUACUGAGUAGAGGAAUAUUUCCUGGAGCCAGGCCAUUGCCAAUCAACCCUAUAGGAAGCAUGGCUGUCGCAGUAAGAACUGGUUGGAAAUCUUUCAAAAUGAAUGGAAUAGCAAACUGCCGGAUGCGGACAGAAAGCGAACAGUCCUGCGGCUCUCCCGUUGUUAGCGGUGACCCGAAGGAGGAUCACAACUACAGCAGUGCCAAAUCUUCCAACCACAGGAGCACAUCACCUGCUAGUGACUCCGUUUCCUCUUCCUCUGCUGACGACCAGUAUGAAUUUGCAACUAAAGGUAGCCAAGACAGCAGUGAAGGAAGUGAAGUUAGCUUCCAGAGCCACGAGAGCCAUAGUGAAACAGAAGAGGAGGACAAAAAGCAAAGUCGGAAGGAGACCAAGGAUUCUUUAGCUGACAGUGGGUAUGCAUCCCAGCACAAGAAAAGGCAACAUUUAAUGAAGGCGAAAAAAGUACCAAGUGACACACUGCCUCUUAAAAAGAGACGUACAGAAAAGCCCCCUGAGAGUGACGAUGAGGAGAUGAAAGAAGCAGCGGGAUCACUCCUGCAUUUAGCAGGAAUUCGAUCCUGUUUGAACAACAUCACGAAUCGGACGGCAAAGGGGCAGAAAGAGCAAAAGGAAACCACAAAAAAUUAGAACAAAUCAAUGAUUUGUUUGAACUUACAAAGUUUUGUUUCAGCACGUCAGGUGAAUUCUAAUGAUUUGUGGCAAUAUCAGCAAUUUUUUCCUUUUUUUGUUUUUCUUCUAUUUGUUUCUGUUUUGUUUCUUUUUUUUCUUUUAAUUUUUUGAACCCUUAAGAUUUUUAUUUUUAAAGGAGAUUGAAGCCAUAGAACUCAUACUGACACUCAGCUAAUUUACGAAAAGCUUUUCAUUACCUGAAGACAAAAAGUUAACAAAAAAAAAAAAGCCAAAAUCGCCAUUGCUUUCUCCAGCUUGUCAAAAAUGCGUGGUUCAAUACGCAGUGACAUCAACAUUAAUGUUAUUGGAGUAAAAUUGGGCACUUGGAAAUCCCUCUUAUAGUAGAAGAGCUGUGCAUAAUUUAGUAUUCAUUCAGGCCUGGCCCUUAAGAAUUUUUUUAAUGGCCUUACAAUUGGGUUAGAAGUGAAUAUGAAUAAAGAGAUUUGUGGAAGAGAGGAGGCACGUACUUCUCAACCAAGAACCAUCUAGUGGCACUUGGAUACAUUGUGCCAUACAAGUCUUUGGACAGCCACUGGUGGCAACUGUGCAAGCUGUAAUGCACUUUCAGUGCUUCAUGUGUCCCAUGUGGCUCAUAAUGUGAAGACUGAUAACUAUAAGUUUGAGGAAAUUUGGACUAUGUAUGCAAUGGGUUUCAGUGAAAUAACAAGAAGAAAUGGGAGGGGGGUCACUGUCAGUAGCAUCGUUAACCAUUGAAUUCUGUCUUCUAUAUUAAAUUGAAAGAAUGUUCAAAAAGCCAUAAGCCUGAAGAUUGGCACUGCGUGCAAAAAAUCAUAGUAAUAGGGAAAAACAAGCUAUGUCUUCUAAACUGCCUGAGUGAAAAGCAAUCAAGUCUAAGAAAUUACAAUAGAUACAAUGUACAUCAGAAUCUUUUUCUGUGGAUCAUAUCCUUGAUCUAACUGGGGAAACAAAGCUACAAAACCUGCCAUUAGUAGUAUUCUGUAUUUAAAAAUAAAAGGAAAGCAUAUUGGUGAACAGUAAAAUUCAGAAGUUUAACAAAAGAGCUCCACACUGCCCUCAGAAAUGAGUGUGCAGUGGCCGUCAGUCAGGAUUCAUCUGUGCAAAAAUGACAACAAAUUUCCAGAUUGAACCAGCGUAGCCAGCAGAAGAAAUUUGAUCCACAUUGCAUGGAUUCCUUAGGGAGGGGGGGAAAACAAAAAGCAAACAAUUUUUUUUAUUCAAAGAUGACAAAGUUCUUGUAAGGUAAAUAAUGUAUUUAGCAUGAAGCAUGAAUUAUUUUCAUAUAAAUAUAGAAAAUAGAGAAAAAGGCUAUGCCUCUAAUUUUUAAGCCCUUAGGCUUAGAGUUUGGUUUUUGGGGGUUUUAUUUUUUUGUUUUGGUUUGGUUUGGUUUUGGUUCUUUUUUUGUUGUUGUUGGGGGUUUUUUUGAAGCAGGUGUUUAAGGUUUAACCUUCUUCAGGGACAAACACUGACUGUUGGGGAACUUACUCUGCAAUAUUAAAAAAUAAAAUCUUCAUGCUCUGGUAGGGCUUGGAUGGUUGAAUUAUACUGCCUUGUCUGCACAUUCAGCCCCCCUCUCCCUACUUCUGUUUUAAAAAAGAAAAAAAAAGUAAAAAUGUGUCCUUUCUUCGUCUGUACAUGUGUAACAUGACGCAAUAAUCUGAGGGCAAAUUUAGUAGUGAGUGUGUAUGACAGAAUCAAGAGAAUAAUGGGAGGUUAAUUGAGGAAAACUCUCUGAUUUGAUUCAGGAAUACGUAGACAAGAAAAUAGCUUUGCUAAUUUGCCAUGAAAAAAUGAAGUUAAUUAAGAGCCUUACGGAGGUGUCCGGAGAAAAACCAGUGUUACAGAGAGUGUGAUUCAGGUACAGUGCUACUCUCCUGGUAAUGAUGACUGUGAGACUGGAGAUCACUACAGCAGAGAGAAACUGUGAAAUAAAUAAAACAGUCUCUCUCACCUGGAUUCUUGCAUUUGGCAUGAAAAAUUCAACAUUUAGAAUAUCGUAGAGGCAAAAAGAAAAUCCCAGGAACCAACCACUUAGUAGAACAGAAUGGUCGGUUUUUUAAAGAGUGUAGGUUUGGAUUUAUCCCUAACAACUGUUUCAGGCAGCAGUUUCAGCAAGAUGGAUCUAGUUUAUGAAGAGUGAGUUAGAAAAGGGUUUGCCUUUCCACUCAGUGCAGUGAGCUAAAAGUUGCAUUUGAAGAUGCCUGUGGUGUGUUCUGUUAGCAAGUGGAAGGACUGAAGGGCUGGUCUGGACCUGGUCCUGUGCUCCACAAGCAUUUUGUCAGUAAAGAAGAGGGUCAUGCUGGCAGCAGCACAGCAAAAGGGUGCCUCUAUUCCCAUCUCAGCCAGCGUGUCCUGGGUCCAGGAGCUGCCUGACAGCUGCGUAGCUCAGCACAACUGCCAGCUAUGGAGAUGAGGAAGGAGAGAGCCGAGGAUAGUG